CUGUCAAGAUGCUAAGGAAGAAGAUGCAGGUGUUCAUGAAAGCAAAGCAGAUGAUGCAGAGCUGGAGUGAACUUGUCGAUCUGCAGGAUGAAGAAGACAGCAGAGAAACGCGUUUCGGACUUGAAGACGAUUCGCUGUAUGGGAAGCGUUUCGAGCCUUCGUCCGGAACGCGGUGUCGUUUUGUUUAGUUACCUGCGUUGUAAUAAGAAUAGUUGAGUUAGUUUCAUUUCCACCUGUCGUUGUAAGCCACGUGUUGUGGUGAACUUAAUUUACCGUUGGAACAGUAAAUUCGGAAAUGGAUAAAACCAGAGAAACCCUGAGCAGCUGCUCUUUGCGGGUUUCCGAUCAAAAACCUUUGCCC